CGUGCGCGCGCUCGCGGCGUAACGAGUGAUCGCAGUGGAAGUUCGUGCGGAUCUAUGAGUGUGUUUCUGAAUCCCGAUCCGUGAACGAGGUUCGGUUCUCCAGGUUCUGAUGCGCUCCGUGGCGUGAGCAUGAGAGUCUGACAGCCGUUAACGGGACACACAUGCUCGGGUUAGGUUUGAUCCGGUGAUGCGGUUCGGUUCGGGUCGGGUCUCCAUGACAACAGAAUCAGCGGAGUGAAGCUCUGAUGGUUACCAUGGAGACGGCUGUGAGCGGGAAAAAGUGCAGCGCCGCCCUGCUGGUGCACCUGUACUGGUGCAGAGACGAGCCACUGACUCUCCCAGCAGGAGAAUACACCGCUGAGGAGAUCUGCAUCAGCGCCGCGCAGGAGUGUGGUGUGAGCCCUACGCACCUCAGUCUGUUCGGGCUCAUGAGGGAGCGAGACCGUGUGUGGCUGCCGCCCAAUCACGUGCUGAAGCUGGAGGCGUCAGCCAAUGAGACGCUGCUGUUCCGGAUCAGGUUCUACUUCCCCGGCUGGACCGGAGCCGGCCCGCACUCGGCCCGCAGGUACGGGGUCAGCAAGAGUUCAGAGGCACCUGUGCUCGAUGACAUCACCAUGGCGUACCUGUUCGCUCAGUGGAGGUCAGAUUUUCUGAGUGGCUCGGUCAGCGUUCCCAUCAGCCUGGAGUUUCAGGAAGAGUGUUUGGGAUUGGCUGUCAUCGAUAUGAUGCGUUUGGCCAAAGAAAAGGGCAAAUCCCCUAUUGACAUCUACAACCACAACAGUUACAAGUCGUUCCUCCCGAAGAACAUGCGGGCACACAUCCAGAGCCAGCACUUGGUGACCCGGAAGAGGAUCCGCUUCCGCUUCAGGAGGUUCAUCCAUCAGUUCGGCGCGUGUAAAGCGUGUCCGCGUGACCUGAAGCUGAAGUACGUGCUCAGCCUGGAGUCGCUGCAGCCGGCCUUCUUCACCGAGCGCUUCCUCGUCACCGAGGCCAGCGCCGGGGCCGUCACCAUCGUCGUCAACGGCAACCAGGGCAUCCGCUGGUCCCGGGGUCAGGAGGCCAUGGACCCAGAGGAUCUGCAGGUUUACUGUGAUUUCUCUGAGGUCAUCGACAUCAGUGUGAAGCAGGGCAGCCGAGACGGGUCUGUGGAGAACCGGGUCGUCUCCAUUAACAGACAGGACAGUCAGAUCCUGGAGCUGGAGUUCGGUUCUCUGACUGAAGCGCUGUCCUUCGUGUCUCUGAUCGACGGCUACUACAGACUCACCACAGACGCGCAUCACUACCUGUGUAAAGAGGUGGCGCCCCCUAGACUCCUGGAGGCCAUGCAGAUCAGCUGCCACGGGCCUGUGUCGACGGAGUUCGCCAUCAGUCGCUUGCGUCGCUGUGAGAAUCAGAAAGGCCUUUAUAUCCUGAGGAGCAGCCCGAAACACUACCACCAGUUCUACCUGUCCUUCACCCUCGAGCACGAGGGUCAGCUGGAGUUCAAGCACUGUCUGGUGGUCCGCUCCGCGUCGGGAGAGUUCGUGUUGAGCGGCGGGAAGAGCAGUUUCUCCAGUCUGAGCGAGUUACUGCAACGCUACCAGAAGGAGGCGCUACGCUCCGACACACACGUGUUCCAGCUGAGCCGCUGCUGUCCGCCGCGCAGCAAAGAUAAAUCCAACCUGCUGGUGUGCAGGAACAGCCAGAGCUCUGACGCGCUUCUCUCGCCCUCCGAGUUCAAACACGUCAACCAGAUGAUCUUCCACAAGAUCCACAAGGAGGACCUGGAGACUAGGGAGAGUUUGGGUCAGGGCACGUUCACGCAGGUCUUCCGGGGCGUGCGGCGCGAGCGAGGAGAUUACGGAGAGAUACACAAGAUGGACGUCGUGCUGAAGGUUCUGGACAAGAGCCACCGCAACUACACUGAGUCGUUCUUCGAGUCGGCCAGUAUGAUGAGUCAGCUAUCCCACAAGCACCUGCUGCUGAACUACGGCGUGUGUGUGUGCGCAGAAGAACACAUCAUGGUGCAGGAGUACGUGCGCUUCGGCUCUCUGGACACGUACCUGAAGCGGAACCGCAGCAGCAUCAACAUCACCUGGAAACUGGAGGCAGUGAAGCAGCUGGCCUGGGCUCUACACCACCUGGAGGAGAAGAACCUGAUCCAUGGGAACGUGUGUGCCAGGAAUGUUCUGGUGACCCGUGAGGAGGACCGGAAAACGGGAACGCCGCCGUUCAUCAAACUCAGCGACCCGGGAAUCAGCAUCACGGUCCAGCCCAGAGAGUUUCUGCUGGAGCGCAUCCCAUGGGUUCCCCCGGAGUGUGUGCAGGACAGCAGGAGUCUGAGUCUCGCGGCGGAUAAGUGGAGUUUCGGCACGACGCUGUGGGAGAUUUACUGUGGAGGAGAACAUCCGCUCGCGGCCCUCGACUGCUGCAAGAAGCUGCUGUUCUACGAGGAUAAGCACCAGCUCCCGGCGCCGAAGUGGACCGAACUGGCUAGCGUGAUCAACAGCUGCAUGGACUACGAGCCGCUGCACCGGCCGUCGUUCAGAGCCGUGAUCCGAGACCUCAACAGCCUCUUCACGCCAGACUACGAGCUGCUGGUGGAGAGCGAGACGCUGCCCAGCAGGACUCGGCCGUUGGGUUUCGCCGGAGCCUUUGAGAAUCAGGAACCCACUCAGUUUGAGGCCAGACACCUGAUCUUCCUCCAGCUGCUGGGCAAGGGUAACUUCGGCAGUGUAGAGAAGUGCCGCUACGACCCACUGCAGGACAGCACAGGUGAGGUGGUGGCGGUGAAGAAGCUUCAGCACAGCUCAGCUGAACACCUGCGUGACUUUGAGCGGGAGAUCGAGAUCCUGCGAUCACUGCAACACGACAACAUCGUCAGAUACAAGGGCGUGUGUUACAGCGCAGGUCGUAAGAACUUGCGUCUGGUCAUGGAGUUCCUGCCGUUCGGGAGUUUGAGAGAUUAUCUUUCCAAAAACAAGGAGCGUUUCGACCAUAUGAAGCUCCUGCUGUACGCAGCGCAGAUCUGCAAGGGGAUGGACUACCUGGCGUCGAAGCGUUACGUCCACCGAGAUCUGGCCACGAGGAACAUCCUGGUGGAGAGCGAGUUUCACGUGAAGAUCGGAGACUUCGGCCUGACUAAAGUCCUCCCUCAGGAUAAGGAGUAUUACACCGUGCGCGAGCCCGGAGAGAGCCCCAUCUUCUGGUACGCCCCGGAGUCUCUGACCGAGAGCAAGUUCAGCGUGGCAUCAGACGUCUGGAGUUUCGGAGUCGUCCUCUAUGAACUCUUCACAUACAGCGACAAAAGCUGCAGUCCUCCAGCCGUGUUCAUGGAGCAGAUGGGCGAGGACAAACAGGGUCAGAUGAUCGUCUACCACCUGAUCGACCUGUUGAAGAGGAACUACCGCCUGCCGUCUCCCGAGGGCUGUCCCGCUGAGAUCCAGGCGCUGAUGAAGGAGUGUUGGGCCACAGAGCCGAGCGAUCGACCCACAUUCAGGACUCUCGCUCAGAGGGUCCACGCCAUCCAGGACCGGGCAUCUCACAGCUGAUCCGGGUCAGAACUUCUCACAGCUGAUCCGGGUCUGGCCUUCAGUGUGGGAUUCUGGGAUGUUCUUUCACUAUCAGGGGUUUUCAAACUUUUUAAGAACCAUAAAACUGAUGAUGGCCUUUUGUUUUAUUACAUCAUUGUCCAGAUAUGAUAACGAUCAAAUGUGAUUGUGAUUUGAAAACCAUUUCUUUUUCUGCCUCAUUUAAGAAUGUAAGAGAAUUAUUUCCAAUUAAUUUCAAAUUCAGUAUUUGUAUGUUGUUUUCUGUCCAUUAUUUCAUGAAUGCCAGCUUGAACCCCCUGGAUGAACUGAACCUUCUUUAGAUCGGUGUGUGUGUGUGUGUGUGUGUGUGCUAUUGUUCAUGGGAAACAGAUGAUUAGACUGAAAUGUCUUUAAACAGUGUGUUUGUGUACAGUAAUAAUAAUAUAGGAAGUGUUUAUGAGCCUCGAAUUGAUUUGAAAUAUUGGUGCGUGUACAGUGUGUGUGUGUGUGUGUGUGUGAUCAAAUCUUCAGAGUGAAAUACUGUGACCGUCUGUCUCAAUCUGAGUCGACCAGUGAGUGAGUUCAUCAAUGAAAUAUGUAAAUGCCACCAGCACUGCUGAUCGUCACUAUAUGCGUGUGAUCAUGAAUGUUGGUGAUCGUGAGCAGCACUGAAACGCCAUCGAAAUGAAAACAAGCUCGAGAAGCGCCCCCUGGUGGCUGGUCCCAGUAUAGCUCAAACACCGCCCCCUCUCAUGGAACCCAAUCUCGGCGACAACUUCCGGUCAGUCUGCCUUUGGACUCGACUGGCAUUCUGACGCUAACAUGGUCUCAACUUCUUUUUAUUUUUGUUUCAAUAAUUUUGCUUAUUGUACAUAUAAAAAACAAGAAGUUUAUACGAGUAGUGCCAUGUUCAUGGAUGUUUGAGAUCUGAGCUGCUGGAAACCUUCAUUUCAUCUCAAUCCUUGUUGUUUCUCCAACAGGGGCUCGUAUUGAAUCAGUGUGAAUGCACUAAAGGAUUGUUUUUAUAAUUGAUUUAUUUGUAAUAUUUUUGUAAGAUACACUGAUGAACUGAAGUUAACAGUAAAAAAAGAAAAAAAUGUUACAAAUCAGAAGAGAUGUCUAAUUUUUUAAAUAUAAUAUUGAGUGAAUAAAACCAUUUUGCAGAUAA